CCUUGUGUCACCCACGCUUGCCCAGCUGGACGCUCCUGCAGAUGUGAGACACAGGCCAGUACACCAGCAAGAAAGGAGCUGGCGGCGGGCGGCGUCUGCGGAAGGUUCUUCGAGGCCUCAGAAAUGAGUUUCUCACUGAACUUCACACUGCCGGCCAACACGACUUCCUCCCCAGUUGUUACAGGUGGGAAAGAAACAGACUGCGGGCCCUCUCUCGGAGUAGCAGCAGGCAUCCCAUCCCUGGCGGCCACAGCUCUGCUGGUGGCUUUACUUUUUAUACUAAUUCGCCGAAGAAGCAGCAGCAAGGAGUCCGCUGAGGAAAGUGAGAGGCCAUGUGAAAUUUCAGAACUCUACGACAAUCCCAAGAUUGCUGAGCAUCCUAGGCGGUCACCCACACAGGAGAAGGGUAUCAUGGGAGCGGAAGAAGCCCACAUAUAUGUGAGGACUGUAGCCGGAAGUGAGGAGCCCGCGCAUGACACCUACCGUCCUACUGUUGAAAUGGAGAGAAGAAGGGGACUGUGGUGGCUUGUGCCCAGACUGAGUCUGGAAUGAGCCGUUCAGUCAAGAAGCAGGUACAGAGCUGGAACAGAGCUGAACACCACGGCUCUUUGCUCUGCGUGAGGAGAGGUGCCAAGCUGCUUCUUAACCGAUCUAAAUUUCACGUGUGGAUCUGGAAAACUUUCGGGUUGGUUUGUCUCUGUAGGUGACAGAGCUAAAGGUUCACUCCAACACUCAGAUCUUGUUAAAUAAGCAGUGAAGCACCAAGUGAGGUCUGGAAGGAGCCCUUUGAGCUUCUUCUUGACCUUCACCUUUCUUUUCCUUAUGAUUUUGGGAAAGAGACUUGAUUUCUGAGUGUUUUGCCUUAUCAUUUUUUUCACAUCUCUUUUCUCCAAAAAAAAAAAAAUCCCCCCCAAACGAAAAAUCUUCAGACCUGACUUCCGUGGGAAGGUUGGCCAAGGCUCACAUGGUGCAAGUUAAGAUAUAAAUAAAACUUAAAGAGGAUUA